GACACCUUCUCAAACAUUCCAUCGAAGGAGUCGGUGAACAACAAAGAAGCAACCGUGUGCGAAGUGUUCUUGCAAAUAUCGCGUUCCCUUUGUCUUCAGCGCAUCGCUUGCGGUUGAUUGGAUAGCGGAAGUGUUCGUGACCUACACAGAAGCCAAAAAAUGAGCGUCAAAGAUAUAUAUUAUUCCGAUAAGUACUACGACGACGAAUACGAGUACAGGCAUGUAGUGUUACCGAAGGACAUUGCGAAGCUGGUACCCAAAACACAUCUGAUGACCGAGAACGAAUGGCGAUCGAUCGGCGUUCAGCAGUCCCGCGGGUGGAUUCACUAUAUGAUACAUCAGCCAGAACCACAUAUUUUGCUGUUUCGAAGACCUAUUACCAAGUAAACAGCUGUACCAUCCGGCCAGGACGUUACCGGGAUAGAUGUAUAAGCGUGUGUGUGCAUGCGAGUGAAUGUGUGGGUAUCCAGGUACUUUUCUAAUAGGAUCCGCCGCCUCUCUAAUAAUAAGUUCGCUCCCAAUCUGAACGUCGUUUCUUCGUCGGUCGUUUCCGUCAUUUGGGUGUUCAAAUCGUGCUGAAUCGAAUGUAUUGUAUUUUUGCUGUGGCCAGAAGCGGCAGGGGCUGGCAAUUGUCUGUUAGCAGCUCCUCUAGCUCUGACAUUCAUGAUCUUUGGCCAACUGUUUCUCUAAUACCUUAGAUACCGAUCGCCAGGUUCCGUAUUUGGCUAUGUUUGCUCUUCGCUCAGGUACUCAAAGAAGCCAGUAGAAACUGUGGGAAGAUGAAAUGAUGACGCGAACACACGUUACUCGGCAGUAGAAGUUUGCGUAGAAUGAAAAAGGUCAACAAUGUCCGGCAUACUGGAUGUAUCUUCCUCUAUAUUUUUUGUUUAAAAUAAUGUACAGCUUCCUCCUGACGAAUGUGUUUUUUGUCAACAAAAAAUAGCGAAGUGUGUGCCUUU